GACCACACCAAAAUACCUCCGCCGCCGCCGCCGCCGCCGUCGCUGCCGCCACCGGCCGCCGCCGCGAUGCUCCGUCUCCGAGAGCGCAUCGUUUCCCGUCUCCUCUCUUUCUCCUCCACAUCCACCUCCGCCCCGGCCACCCCCCCACUCCGCCGCCUCCUCUCCGUCGUCGCGGCCACCAUUCCCCCGAGCCGAGGAUUCGCCGUUGAGGACUACCUCGUCGACAGCUGCGGCCUCACCCGAGCCCAGGCACUCGAGGCCUCCACGAAGCUCUCCCACCUCAAGUCCCCCGCCAAUCCCAACGCCGUCCUCGCGUUCCUCUCCGGCCUCGGCCUCUCCAGCGCCGAUGUCGCCGCCGUCGUCGCCAAAGACCCGCUUUUCCUCUGCGCCGGCGUGGAGAGAACCCUGGGCCCCGUCGUCGCCGGGCUCACCGGCCUCGGUCUCUCGCGUACUGAGAUCGCCCGCCUCGUCUCGCUUGCCCACUGCCGCUUCCGGCGCAGAUCCAUCGUCUCCAAGAUGCACUACUACCUGCCCCUCUUGGGCUCCUUCCACAACUUCAUCCGGGCGCUCAAGUGCUCACCCUAUCUUCUCGCGCGGGACCUUGAUACGACGGUCAAACCCAAUGUCGCCUUCCUGCAGGAGUGCGCCUCCGACCUGGAUAUUGCCAAGCUGACCAUGGUUAUUUGGGGGAUGCUGACCUCCGACCUGGAGCGCCUCCAGGCGAUGGUGACAUGCGCCGAAGGUAUAGGCGUGCCCCGUGGCUCUGGGAUGUUCAGAACUGCGCUACAUGCUGUCGCAUUCCAAAGCGAGGAGAAGAUCACCGCCAAACUCGAGUACUUGAAGAAGACGUUCAGGUGGUCUGAUACCCAAGUGAGGAAUGCUGUGUCUAGGGCUCCAAUGCUGCUGGGCAGGUCAAAGGACGCACUGCAGCGCAGGUCCGAGUUCCUGUUAGCUGAGGUGGGGCUGGAACCCGUGUGCAUUGCUUAUCGACCGAUAAUUCUCUGUCUUAGCCUGGAGGGCCGGGUCAGGCCCCGGUGCUAUGUUGUAAAGUUUCUCAACAAAAAUGGAUUGCUAGAUCGCGACCUGAGCUUCCAUACUGCAGUCAUGAAGACCGAGAAGGAUUUCGUCGAAAAGUAUAUAUGCCCUCACAAGGAAGCUGCGCCACACCUCGCUCAAGACUAUGCAACCGCUUGCAAAGGGGAAGUGCCAGAGAAUUUUAGAUUUACAUGAACCAGGAGUGGGCUAAGGAAAUUGGUUACUAUGUAUUGCGCAACAAAGUUUUCACUCUGCAUAGUAAUCUGGUAAUUCCUGUUUAGGUGUUCUUUGCCAAACUAGAUUGUUGGUUAUUUUCUGUAGUAUGCCUGUUACAUGCCGGUUUGGUCAUUGCUAAAUGCUAACUGCUAUGAAACUGAUAAUUUUUCAUUCCUGAACCCUGAUAUGUUGAUGUUGUCAUUCCUUUGAGAAGAUCUCUGUGUUUACCUGAUAAUUUUUUUCCUGAACCCUAAAGUCUAAUUAUAUUUUCCUAAAUCAUGGUUGAGUGAAAUAUGUGUUGCCAGUUCCAUUCUCUCAUGUGUUUACAUUUUAAGAGUGAACUGGAAAGUGGAAUUUGCUGGCACCCCACCUUCUGAUACACAGCCUGCCAAGAUGGUGUUCAGUGAGAUAAAACUCCUUCCACCAAGAAGAACAUGUGGCCUAAAACUCUGCUCACUCUUUUUUUUUGAGAAGUACACCUCAAUCUGUCUGGUAGAUAUCCUUUUGUUAGUAAGCAAUCCAUCUAUUUCAAUCCGAUUAAGAUAUGCUUCUUCUGGUCAUUGGUUGAUUUCAUUACUGAAAUCUGCACUUGCUUCUCGUUGUAUCAUCGCUUCAUGUCAUUAGUUCAAUUCACCCCUUACAGUUAGUUGUUCAUAGCUGCAGAACUGUAGGGAAAAUAUCAUGUGGAAAAAUUAGUGUCCUGGUUAUAUUUUACCUCGCUUUAAUGUGGUCCUGUUUUUCUUGAUUACGGGUUCUUUGUUAGUGCUCCUUUGCAUUGCAAUCUUAUGCGUUUGGUUGUCAGGUUGCCUCGUAUUUUCUGUUGUUUCCAUACAGGUUACUCGGGAUUACAUACUUAUGCAAAAGAAAAUACUUUUUUAAUUGCUGCCACGGGAAAUCGUUGUGCAAGUAAUUGUCACAAGAGAUUUGAAGAGCAUAGUUUCUGUAUGUGCAUGAUCUUACUUAGAUGUGGACCUGGAGAUAGAUAGCCUCGGGCACGAACUUGGAGAAUGCCUUAACUUAAAUAAACAUGAUUCAGUGAGUUGGACGAUCUUACUUUUCAUCUGGAUUUUAAUCAGUGGUGUCGAUAUUUGAUGAUAGGCUCGAGUUUAAUCAAAUGGGGUGGUGAGGCUUGGUAAUCCCUUACAUACCAUGCAUAUUUCUCAAUUUGCUGCAGCUCGUGCACAAAAAUAUGCCACAUUCUCUAAAAGUUAUUAAUACUGAUAAAUAUUUUUUUGGUUCUGUGACUUGAUUCCUAUUUAAAUUCCAGCCUCCUUGCAUAGUAGAGCAAUAGCAUGGCCGGUGAUGUCCUGAAAAAUUUAGGACACUGCUGUCCAUAUUGUUUAAAUGUAAUGCCUAAGAUGCACUGUCCUGAAGUUUUGCAGUCAAUGACUGCUGUUGAUAUACUUUUAUUGCUUAAUAACCCCAGAAUGGUAGAUACACUGUUCUCAACUUUUAGGAUUUCAGCUGCUGUUUAUACCUUUAGAGUGGCCAAUUUCGAAUUGACAUCGAAAUUGCUACCAGCUCAGAAGCUGCAGGUACUGAUUGCCAUCUUCAUAUUGGAUUGGUUGAGUUUGGAGCUAUGCACUAGUUAUGUCUGAUAACCAUGCGUUCUGCUGUAAUCAUCCAAUAUUUUUGCUCCGGUCCCUUACUUUAAAUUUCCGCCGCAGCGGCGACCAUCAGACCUCAUGGGCAGGAAAUUUCCAUGAGUUUUGACUUUUGAGUAUUUUUGGCAGGAAAUUUGGUUGCAGCUCUGGCAACACGCCUACAAGUCCUCUGGUGAAAUAGCCCUGAAAACGACUGAAAUUGUUGCUACUUUGACACUGUCUGCUCAAAGCAUUGCUGCUCUGAACUUUAUGCUUUCCCAU